AUGAACUCCAUCGAGAAUUCCCAUGAUGCCAUCAUCUCGCGUCUCUCGCAAGAUACUCUGCGGGAUAUUGAAGGUCUUGAUCCUUCACAGUUUGGCUUUGGGAGAAGUGAGUGCUGUGGACCUGUACCGGAGAAGCUACCUGGCAGUAUGAAGUUUUCAGAGCAUAUUUUUCUUGCUACUGACCUGCCAGCAACACAGUGGAAACCGCAUACAGAGAACGUAGAAGGAUACUCAGCAAUGGAAAGUGCUGUAAAGGCAGAAGGGGAAGGCAUGAAAUUAACUGUUUACCACCGACCUGGUCCAGAUGCAUGUGUGCUGAGAUUUAAAUACAAUGAAUCCCUUCAAUCUAUUUUGAUAACACAGUACAACUGUAUUACAGAAGGAGAACUCCCUUGGAAUUCUAAAGGAAGUAUUAGUUGUGAUCGUUCAAAUGAAACAUUUGUAUUUGUUUGUUCUCAUCGUUCUCGUGACGAUCGUUGUGGUUACUGCGGAGCUGUUUUGGUAGAUCUUUUACGUCAAUCUAUAAAAGCUAAGAAGAAUAAUGAUGAGUCCAUUCAUGUAUACCCAUGUUCCCAUGUUGGUGGGCACAUAUAUGCUGGUAAUGUACUAGUGUACACGAAAAAAGGUGGUGUUUGUUUUGGUUGUUUUACCCCUGCUGAUGUCGAUACUCUUGUGGAUUUCCUUGUUAAUGGUGGUAGUGGGAGCAUACCUUCAUCAUUGGCAUCUCGUAUUCGUGGAAGCAUAGGUUUCACGGAGAAUAACUCAAAAUGCUCUCUCAUGUGA